AGUCAGUGUGGUGUCCCAGAGAAGGAAUACCUCCGCUACCGAAACUCUGUUCGGAUGGUUGCUGUCCCUAAGUUUCAGGAAAUUCGGAGCCUGUGUCCGGCAGCAGCGUUGGUGGGCAUCCCCUGCCCACCAUUGGUGUGGGACUUGAUGAUCAACGCUUGAUGCCCUUGAUCGAGUCCUAGGCGGUGGCUGCCACCUGGUCCGGGCAUGGUUCUUCUUGAAGUCACAGCUGGCAUGGAGAGUAUCGACCUCGAUUAAAAGGGCUGUUGGCACACAUGCCCGUCGGGAACCGGCGGCCGGCAUACCGCUUUGGCUGAAGUAGUAAGGCAACAGCACAGAAGACUGGAGUGAUGGGGGGAGGGGACACGGAGGACCAGACGGUGACUGUAGACACUGAUAUAUUCUGAGUUUGUGUCGGAGAAAUGAGGUGCCGGCAGGACGCCAGGAGACGGAUGUUGAAGAGAUCGUAGGAUAUUAAGGAUCGUUGUUAGGAAGCGGCGAAUUACACCAACCCCCCCACCCCUGCACAUGGGGUGUCACAUUGGAGGGGGCAGGAGUCUCGGGGGGAGAUGGCCGCCCUCGCCAGUACUCUCAUCCGACAGAGACGAGAAGUUAAAGACUCCGGAGGAACCCGCCCUGCUCCCCCCCAGAGAAAAGUCUGUCCCCGGGGAACCAAGUCCCUGUGCCAGAAGCAGCUGCUCUUCCUCGUCUCCAAGGUCCGACUGUGCGGAAGUCAACGGAGAUCUCCGAACAAAGACCCAGAGCCUCAGCUGAAGGGUAUAGUGACGCGCUUGCUCAGCAGGAUGGGUUUCUACCUCCAGUUUCUUCCGGAUGGGACCAUAUCAGGAACCAUGGAAGAGGUCACCCCCUACACCCUCUUUAAUGUGAUCCCUGUGGGUCUCCGAGUUGUUGCCAUCCAGAGUUCAGCCUGCGGUCAGUAUGUGGCCAUGAAUUCCGAGGGACAUCUGUACAACUCAGUUAAUUUCACAGCUGAAUGUCGCUUUAAGGAGAGUGUCUUUGAUAAUUAUUUUGUCACCUACUCCUCAACACUUUACCGCCAGCGAGGCUCUGGACGGGGAUGGUACCUGGGCCUGAACAAAGACGGACGAGCGAUGGAGGGCAACAGGGUGAAGAAACACAGGCCGGCUGGUCAUUUCCUCCCAAAAAUGAGUGAAGUCGCUCUCUACAAGGAGCCUUCCCUCCAUGAUGUCAUUGAGUUGUCCCCAAAGAGAAAAUUGACGUCAAAACCGAGUGCUCGGCUCCGGGGGGCCCGAGGAAAAAAGGUGAAGGAUGAGGGAGGAUAGUGGACUCUACACUACUGGCUGCCAUCUUAGAAAGUGUCUGAAGAGAAGAUCUGUGGACGUACAGGGUCUCCCUCUAAGGAAUAAACUUUCUUCAGACCUUUUUGACUAAUCGUGGUGCCCUGGACUGGGGGGCUACCAUGUUGUAUUUGAGGUAGUGAGAAUAUCAGGAGACCCCCAAGACCACCUUAAAGGAUAGAAACAUGGUCUGUAUCUCAGGAAGUCUAAAAUCCGUCUUCCAGCAUCUGUACAUAUUAUAUACUGUGAAUUAUAGACACCAUAACCUUGUAUCCAUACAUGUAUCUAUGUAUGCACUAACCUGCUCCCCUUAUAUAUGAAGACCCCAAAUUAUCAACAAGAGCCGCCUGUUUACUAACCAAUUAUAUGCAAAUAAAGGAUGCACCCCCAAGACUUCUGACUAGCCAGGCUUUAUGGCUUCAACAAUGUGAACAAACGUAAUA